AUGUCCGAUUCCAACUCCAACGACGACAUCCACCUGUAUUUCUACUCGCCCUCGACCGCAGCCGCCGUCGUCUUCUCCGUCCUCUACCUCCUCCUCACCGUCUGGCACGCCUACAUCAACUUCAUCCACGCGCGCCACCAAGCCAUCAAACACAAAUACACGAUCCCUCUCUUCGUUGCCGCAUUGAUCUCAACGGCAGGCUGGUCCGUCCGCAUUGCCUCGAUCAACAACGACUCCUCGAUCCCGCUCUAUGCCGUCUCCGCCUCGUAUAUCGUGAUCUCGCCCAUCUUCGUCUGCGCUACCCUCUAUCUGUUACUCACGCGCCUCAUCCGCGCAUCCCUUCCCGAAACGAACGGACAGCAGAUCUUCUUCCGCAUCUCUCCGCGCUGGCUAGGUCGGGUGUUCAUUACCAGCGACAUCUUCUCUUUCUUAACACAGUGCUCGGGCUCCGGCAUCGCCAGCUCGGGCAAUUGGGAAGGAGACUUGAAGGACGUCGGCACAAAUGUGUUGCUCGUCGGUCUCGCAUUGCAGCUUGCGACGUUUAGUGUCUUUCUCGUCGUCAUGGCACGGUUUGUUGGGCGGAUCAGGGCAUCCAAGGACGCCGGAUUCAAUCCUUGUGUCAAGAAAGUGAUUCUUGGUGCCUGGAUCGCGAGCCUUUUUGUCCAGAUCCGCUCCAUUUAUCGCGUAAUUGAAUUCGCCCUCGGCAUUGAUGGAUACCCUUUCAACCACGAAUGGUGCCUGUAUGUUCUUGAAGCCGGGCCAAUGUUCGUCGCUCUCGCGGUCCUCGCUUGGUAUCAUCCCGUCAAAUGGAUGCAGCAGAAAUCGAGAGGCGAGUUUGGAAUGGAAGAUGCCGGGAAAGAUGGAAAGAGGGCCAAUGCGCAAUCUGCAGUUGUGAAUAAUGCCGUUUAA